UCACUUAAUUUCAAAAUAGUUUUCAUAGAAAAAGUCUAGUAUGCAGUAGAAGUUGUGUCUAUAAAUUAGGGCUGAUGAACUACAACUAAAAAUUGAAAACUGAAAACUAAAUUUUUACGUUAUUCUUAACAAUAUGGACAUGAAAGAAGUGCCAAAAGCUUUGGGAGAGAUGGCAUCACCCAGUAGGAAAGAAAGGGAAGAAAGGAAGAAGCGCGAAGAGAAAAAGCGUGAUAAGGAAAAGCAAGAUAUGGAUAGGAAUAUGGAACCGGAUGAAUGGAUGGAUGCAAGCCGUGCAGCAAGUGGUAUUGAAGUGUUGUCCUCUUUAGAUAAAAUAUAUGUGUCCCAGAAAUUGAUGCCAUUUGAUGUUUACACAAAUAAAUAUUUUACUUUUAAGAUUAAAAAUGAACAGGGAAAGAAUGUGUUUGCGGCUCGAGAGCGCCCGUCGUGUCUUGCAUAUCUUUUAAGUAGGUCGCAUCCAUUUACUAUUGACCUUGCGGAUAGCGCAGGAAAUAUGAUAAUGAUGUUAGAUCAUCCUUUUGUUUUCGAUAUUAUGCCCUGCAUUACCUGCUGUGAAUCGUACAUGAAUGUUUAUGCACCACCUGGGAAUUAUAUUGGCAGAAUGAUGAAGGUGAUUUCAUACAAAUACUCAGAGUAUGUUAUUCAAGACGCAGAUGGCUCAGAUGCUCUUUACGUUGACGGUCCUACAGUUCUAGGAGAUAUAGCGAAGGUCAACAUGACGAUAUGGGACUUGAAUGACCGCCUGAUCGGAAAAAUAACCAAAGAAUUUCCAGUAUUAUUAUCUCUUUUUACGCAGUCAUCCUUUUUUGUCGCUACGUUCCCUGUUGGAUUAAGUGUGAAACUUAAAGCUUUAAUCCUCGCUGGCAUUUUCUUGGUGAUGAUCGCCGGUAUGUAAACAAAAUCUAUUUGUAAUAUUUGCGUAUUUUAGUUGGGAAUGUAUGUGCACAAUGAUUUUAUUUAUCUCUGUCCUUGAAAUUUGAAUAUAAAAUUAGCCAAGCUUGGUGGGAU